AUGAAUUCACUGAUCCAUAUCUCUUGUUUGGCAGUCUGCAGGAUCUUGUGGACUUGCUGGUUGAAUGUGCCUCUCAUACAUAAUUUUCUAAACUACAAUACAUUGACCUUUGGGGGAGUAAAAUAUCUGACCAAGGUAAUUGCUGGAUUAGCAGCUGAUGGAAGGCAAAUUGUUGGCAGGACCAAGUCUGAAGCUAACAACUAUGAAAGCCUACAUGGUAGUAUAUAUGUCAUUAACUCUCUCCGAAUCUCUCUCUCAGUAAAGCAGGUAGUACUGGAUUAG